ACGUAGGUCCCCUGAAAGUAAGCCAGCCAGUGAGGAUAAGAGAAGUUUCUUGAUUUUGGAUAGUCUUACUUAAAAGAAUAAGUUAGAAACAUUUUAAAUUACAAUUUGCUCGUUUACAUACAUGGAUCAAAUGUAAUAUUUUGUUUGGAAGUUUUAAUGACGUGUUUAUAGCUUUGUAUCGAGGAGAAGAAUUUAGAUUGUUAGCUAGCUAACAUAGCAUACCAGGUUAGGCUAGUUUGUGGCUAGCCGCCCGGCUAGCAGACUUUAAGGAAUAUUUUUAAAAUUUUCAUUCGACAUCAAUUCAGUCAGCACAAUUUUUCUUGGAUACUGUAACAAAGGUUCUCCUCCACAUCACCAUGAAACUUUACAGUUUGAGUGUCUUACAUAAGGGAGCUACAAAGUCCAACUUACUGAAAGCUGCCUAUGACCUGUCAUCCUUCAGCUUCUUUCAGAGAUCCAGUGUGCAGGAGUUCAUGACCUUUACCAGCGCACUGAUUGUAGAGCGGUCUGGUUUGGGAAGUCGGGCAUCUGUGAAAGAGCAAGAGUACCUAUGUCACGUGUACGUACGAAACGAUAAUCUUGGUGCAGUAGUGAUCGCAGACAGUGAAUACCCAUCCAGAGUUUGUUUCACUUUACUUGAUAAGGUAUUGGACGAUUUCUCAAGGCAAGUGGACCGUAUUGACUGGCCCUCCGGUUCCCCAGCCACCAUUCAGUUCAAUGCCUUGGAUGCCUACCUAGCCAAAUACCAGAAUCCCAGAGAAGCUGAUGCCAUGUCAAAAGUUCAAGCCGAACUAGAUGAAACCAAAAUUAUCCUUCACAACACAAUGGAGUCACUCCUGGAACGAGGUGAGAAGUUGGAUGAUUUGGUACAGAAGUCAGAGCACCUUGGCAACCAGUCAAAAGCCUUCUACAAAACGGCAAGGAAACAGAACUCGUGUUGUGAGGUGAUGUGAUGUCAGAGGAUGGUGUGACCGAUCUGAUUCCUCCCAGCCGCCAUCUUUCUUUCUUUCUCUUUUCUCUUCUUCUUAAAUCUCUUUCUCCUUCUCGGUCUCUGGCUGGGGCAGACGCAUUACAGCUCUCAGAUGUCACGGAGGAAACGAGGGGGGAUAUUCACAGGAAAUGAAGACUUCUGGGAAGAGGCAAUCAAAAAAACGGUUUAUAAAGGGGUCAACAGGGGUCUGAUUUCCCAGAGUGCACCACACAUGUGCUGCUGCUUGUCUGGAGAGUUAGUUUAAGGGGGCGUGAGUGCAGCCAGUGCAGUAACCUCAGGCCCUUCUUCUCCUAUGGGCUGGACAGUGGAGCACAGGCAUUGCAUAGAGAGAGGGGCCAGUGACCCCCCUCCCACCGUGCCUUACCUUAGAUGGCCAUUUGUUUUAUGUGCAAAACACCCCACCCUUCGCAUCCACACACAAAUGAACAGACAUGUGUAGAAAGCUGGCCGCCUUAUAUGCAAUGUCUGUAAUGUUAAGAAGCACUAGUACAUCUCCAUCUGGAUCAUAGGAAAGCCAAUUUUGUUUGUCACAACCAUGUUCAGUGCAAUCUUAAAAAUGCAUUUGGUGGAACUCUAAACUGUAGUAUUGCUUUUAUGUGGUUGUGUCGUUGUAUGAUUGAGUUAAGCUCUCAUAAUGUGAGAUUCGACUGAGUCCAAUGUUUUGUUUUUUUUGGAAUGUGUUGUAAACAGUGUAGUGUGCGUGUACGUGUGCUGUAAGUCUUAAUGACCAAAUUUAUAGAUGGGACAGUCGACUGGAAAAUCAUGAUUAUCUUAAGAUGGACUGUAGGGGGGUGGGGGGGUUGAUACGAAAUAUUACACAAUAAACAUGGUCUUAUAACAUCAGGUUUCUCAACAUGUUCUGUCCUACAACAAACUGACAACAUUACCUCUUAAAGGGACACUUCACCGAUUAGCAUUAAGCUUUGUAUCUUUAGAAAACCAGUCAUGUUUUUGAAUGGUCGUGCAUCAUUCCCUCAGUUUGCCUUGAGAUGGGAGAAAUACGGAUUUCAAUGUUGGACUUUCCGCUUUCAAUGAUGUAAAAAACAUCGUUUUACAUCAUUGAAAGCAGGAAGUCCUAUUCAUGGGUCUCAUUGAA